CUGUUGUGUGCCCAACAGCAAGCAUCACAGAAAUUGUUCCCAGGACCAGCAGGACUUGUUUUUCCCAUCCUCCAAAUUCCAUCUCCCCUGCUCCCUGAUUCUCCGCCCGGGUGAGCUUGGUCUUCGCGCCUCCAACCUCUCCUGUUGAACAUUGUGUCCUGCUUAUCGUCGAUCCGCCAUGGCUUCCGCUAUGACGCUCCGGUUCUCGGUCCAGAGCAGCGAGUUGCUAGGCAAGAGCCUCGUGAAGGCUUCCACACCGAAGCCCAAGGGAACAGCCAAGUGCAGCUCUCGCUCUCAAAACUGUCCCCGUCUCGUCGCAAACGCCAUGGUUUCCGCCGCGGAACCAGCGACCAAGUCGGAGGGCGGCGGCCUGCGCGGCAAUCUCAAGAAGGUGGUCCUCGCGUACAGCGGCGGGCUCGACACGUCCGUGAUCGUGCCAUGGCUGCGCGAGAACUACGGCUGCGAGGUGGUCUGCUUCUGCGCGGACGUGGGUCAGGGCGUUGGCGAGACGGAGGGGCUCGAGGCCAAGGCGAAGGCGAGCGGCGCCAGCCAGCUGUUUAUCGGCGACCUCAAGGAGGAGUUCGUACGCGACUAUGUCUUCCCCUGUAUUCGCGCCGGUGCGGUGUACGAGCGCAAGUACCUGCUGGGGACGUCCAUGGCUCGCCCUGUCAUCGCCAAGGCGAUGGUGGACGUGGCGAAGCAGGUGGGCGCGGACGCGGUGUCGCACGGGUGCACGGGGAAGGGCAACGACCAGGUCCGCUUCGAGCUCACCUUCUUCUCGCUGGACCCCAAGCUGCAAGUCGUGGCGCCGUGGCGCGAGUGGGACAUCCGCGGGCGCGAGGACGCCAUUGAGUACGCCAAGAAGCACAACGUGCCCGUCCCCGUUACAAAGAAGUCCAUCUACAGCCGCGACCGUAACCUGUGGCACAUCAGCCACGAGGGCGAUAUCCUUGAGGACCCGGCCAACGAGCCGGCCAAGGACAUGUACGUGCUCACAGUGGACCCCGAGGACGCCCCCGACACGCCUGAGUACGUCGAGAUUGGCAUCGAGAAGGGCAUCCCGGUCUCCAUCAACGGCCAGACGCUCUCCCCCGCCAACCUUCUCGCCGCAGCCAAUGAGAUUGGUGCCCGCCACGGCAUUGGCCGCAUCGACAUGGUCGAGAACCGCCUCGUGGGGAUGAAAUCCCGCGGUGUGUAUGAAACCCCCGGUGGCACCAUCCUAGCGGAUGCAUGCAGAGAGCUGGAGGCGCUUGUUCUCGACAGGGAGACCAUGCAGACUAAGGACCAGCUGGCUCUGAAAUACGCCGAGCUUGUGUAUGCUGGUCGGUGGUUCGACCCCCUCAGGGAUGCCCUGGAUGCCUUCAUGGUGUCUGUGAGCGACAAGGUGACGGGAUCCGUGAAGCUCAAGUGCUACAAGGGGUCGGUGAAUGUCGCGUCACGGGUGUCACCGUUCUCGCUGUACCGGGAGGAUAUCUCAUCGUUUGAGGAGGGCAGUGGGGUGUACAACCAGGCGGAUGCUGCUGGGUUCAUCCGCCUGUAUGGGCUGCCGACCCGUGUGCGUGCCAUGCAGGAGCAAGGGUUGUGAGGGAAGUGAGGCAAUAUGUGUGACAGCUUGGUGCGAGUGGAAGUGCUUCGGGUGCAGGAGUAGGAGGUUGGAAGGGGGCUACAGAAAGACAUCAUUGCGUGCUUGUUCCAAGGGAGCUGUCUAAGGUGUUAGGAUAAUGGCAACCCUCCCAUCUUACAACAUAACGUUGUCAUCAUUAUAUUCAUAUCCGCACGAGAUGACGAGGAUGAUUAGCUCUAUCUCGC